CAGAAGUCAUCAGUCAACCUGCUGCUGACAAACCUCAUCGAGGGGAAUCUGCUUCCCUCGGCUCUCGUCUGGAUAACUUCCCGACCUGCGGCGGCCAAUCAGAUCCCUCCUUCGUGUGUCGACAGGGUAACAGAAGUACGAGGCUUCACUGACGCCCAGAAGGAGGAGUACUUCAGGAGGAGAGUCAGUGAUGAAGAGCUGUCCAGCAGAAUCAUCUCACACAUCAAGACCUCCAGGAGCCUCCACAUCAUGUGUCUAAUCCCAGUCUUCUGCUGGAUCACUGCUACAGUUCUGGAGUACAUGUUGACUACAGAGCAGAGAGGAGAGCUGCCCAAGACCCUGACUGACCUGUACUCACACUUCCUGCUGGUUCAGAUAAAGAGGAAGAAGCAGAAGUACGAUGAGGGACAUGAGACGAGUCCACAGGAGCUGACGGAGGCUGACAGGGAGGUUCUUCUGAAGCUGGGGAGGCUGGCGUUUGAACAGCUGGAGAAAGGAAACAUCAUGUUCUACCAAGAAGACCUGGAGCAGUGUGGUCUUGAUGUCACAGAGGCCUCGAUGUACUCAGGAGUUUGUACAGAGAUCUUCAAAAGAGAGAGUGUGAUCUUCCAGAAAACAGUCUACUGCUUUGUUCAUCUGAGCGUUCAGGAGUUUCUGGCUGCAGUCUACAUGUUCCACUGUUACACCAGCAGGAACUCAGAGAGACUGGAGGACUUCCCGGGGGAAGACUGGAAAUACACAAUCAGUGACUUGUCUGUGGAGGACUUCCCGGGGGAAGACUGGAAAUACACAAUCAGUGACUUGUCUGUGGAGGACUUCCGGGGGGAAGACUGGGAUGAUGAUGAUGAUGAUGAUGAUGAUUACAAUUAUGAUGAUGAUGAUGAUGAUGACAGGGACAAUGACCAUGAUCCACCACUGGAUGUCUUCCUGAAGAGAGCCAUGCAGAAAUCCCUCGACAGUAAAAAUGGCCACCUGGACCUGUUUGUUCGCUUCCUUCAUGGCCUCUCUCUGGAGUCCAACCAGAGACUCUUAGGAGGCCUGCUGGGUCGGACAGACAACAAGAAAAUCAUCCAGAGAGUCAUCAACAACCUGAAGGAGAUGAACAGUGAUGAGAUCUCUCCUGACAGAAGCAUCAACAUCUUCCACUGUCUGAUGGAGAUGAACGACCACUCAGUACAUCAGGAGACUCUGGCCUACAUGCUGCAGAUGUCAGAGGAGGUUCUGGAUGAGUUGGACCUGCAGAAGUACAACACAUCAGAGGAGGGACGACUGAGACUGAUUCCAGCUGUGAGGAACUGCAGAAAGUUUCG